AUGGCAGGACAGAAUCAGACCAGCACCUUCGAGUUCCUCCUCUGGGGACUCUCAGAGCGGUCAGAGCAGCAGAGCAUCCUCUUUCUGCUGUUCCUGUGGAUGUACCUGGUCACUGUGGCUGGGAACCUGCUCAUUGUCCUGGCCAUCGGUACUGAUGUGCGACUCCAUACCCCCAUGUACUUCUUCCUUGCAAGCCUGUCAUGCACUGACAUCCUUUUCACCUCCACCACUGUGCCCAAGGCCCUGGUGAACAUCCACACCCAGAGCAGGACCAUCUCCUAUGCAGGAUGCAUGGCUCAACUCUACUUCUUCUUGACUUUCGGGGACAUGGACAGCUUCCUCUUGGCCACAAUGGCCUAUGACCGCUAUGUGGCCAUUUGCCACCCUCUCCACUACACAAUGAUCAUGAGUUUCCGGCACUGCAUGCUCUUGGUGCUGGCCUGUUGGACCCUUACAAAUAUUGUUGCCAUGACACACACCUUCCUGGUUUUCCGGCUCUCCUUCUGCUCUAAGAAGGUCAUUCUCGACUUCUUCUGUGACCUGGGACCUGUAAUUAAGGUAUCUUGUUCUGAUACGCACAUCAAUGAGCUUGUGCUUCUGUACUUGGGGGGAACAGUCAUCUUACUCCCCUUUGUGCUCAUCCUUGUUUCUUACAUCCGCAUCAUUUCAGCUAUCCUCAAAGUCCCCUCUGCCCAGGGAAGGUACAAGACCUUCUCCACCUGUGGGUCUCACCUUGCUGUGGUGGUCCUGUUCUUUGGGACAGUGAUCAGGGCUUACUUGUGCCCCUCAUCCUCUUCCUCCAACUCAGUGGUAGAGAACACAGCAGCUGCUGUCAUGUACACAGUGGUGACUCCCCUGCUGAACCCCUUCAUUUACAGCCUACGUAACAAAGACAUGAAGGGGGCACUGGUCAGAAUUCUUAUGGGUAAAAUCUGUUCCUGGGGCAAAUGA